AGUGAAUCAACAAUGCCAUCCUCCGUCACAUGGUGCCUCCUCCUGCUGGCAGGCCUGUGCUGCCUGGUCCCCAGCUCCCUGGCUGAGGAUCUGCAGGGAGACGCUGUCCCGGAGAGGCACGCAACCAAGGAUGAUAACGAACACCCACAGGAGCCAGCCGAACACAAGAUUGCCCCGAACCUGGCUGACUUCGCCUUCAGCCUGUACCGCCACGUGGCCCAUCAGUCCAACACCACCAACAUCUUCUUCUCCCCAGUCAGCAUCGCGACCGCCUUCGCGUUGCUCUCCCUGGGAGCCAAGGGCGACACUCACACCCAGAUCCUGGAGGGCCUCAGGUUCAACCUCACUGAGCUAGCUGAGGCUCAGAUCCACGACGGCUUCCAGCAUCUCCUGAACGCCCUCAACCACUCAGACAAUCAACUGCAGCUGACCACGGGCAAUGGGCUGUUCAUCGACGAGAGUGCAAAGCUACUGGAUAAGUUUUUGGAAGACGUCAAGAAACUGUACCACUCAGAAGCCUUCUCCAUCAACUUCAGGGACACUGAAGAGGCCAAGAAACAGAUCAAUGAUUAUGUAGAAAAGGGAACCCAAGGAAAAAUUGUGGAUUUGGUCAAGGAUCUUGACAAAGACACAGUUUUGGCUCUGGUGAAUUACAUUUUUUUUAAAGGCACAUGGGAGAAGCCCUUCGAGCCUGAGUAUACAACAGAGCAGGACUUCCACGUGGACGAGAAAACCACGGUCAGGGUGCCUAUGAUGAACCACCUGAGCAGCUUUGACGUCCAGUACUCUGACGCGCUCUCGAGCUGGGUGCUGCUGUUGGACUACGCGGGCAACGCCACGGCCUUCUUCAUCCUGCCCGACCAGGGGAAGCUGCGGCACCUGGAGGACACACUCACCAAGGGGAUCCUCGCCAGGUUCUUGGGAAACAGACACUCGAGUUUCGUCAAUGUACAUUUGCCCAAACUGUCCAUUUCUGGAACUUAUGAUCUAACAAGCAUCCUGCCUGAGCUGGGCAUCACCAAGGUCUUCAGCAGGCAGGCAGACCUCUCCGGGAUCACUGAGGAAGUGCCCUUGACGGUGUCCAAGGCGCUGCACAAGGCCGUGCUGACCAUUGACGAGAAAGGCACUGAAGCUGCCGGGACCACGAUGUGGGAAAUCAUGCCCAUAUCGUUACCCCCAGAUCUGAAGUUCAACAGGCCCUUCGUCUUAAUCAUCUACGAUAGAAACACCAAGAGUCCCCUCUUCGUGGGAAAGGUGGUGGAUCCCACCCAAAAAUAGCUGCCUCUCUGGUUCAGCCCUCCCCUCUCUGGCCAGGUCCCCACCCCAGACUACAUUAAA